AUGGAGAGAGAGAGACCGUCUAUUAGAAGAAGUUCAAGUGCAUUAAAUCUUCUAAGCUCACAAUUCGAUAAAUGGAAAGGUAAAAACAUUUCACCAACUAAGAAAAGAUCGAACACUACUAAUUCGAUAAAAAAUGAAACACAAAUGACUGUCGAUGAUUCAUCAAGUGAUUCUUUAUGUUGGUAUGAAAAAUAUUCCCCCACAAAUAUUAGCGAAGUAGCCAUACACAAUAAGAAACUUGAGUCUGUUAGAAAUGAAUUAACAUCAAUGCUUGAUGGUACAUCAAAUAGUCAUAUAUUAUUGCUAACUGGCCCAAGCGGAUCUUCUAAAAGUUCAGUAAUCAAACACUUAGCUCAUAGCUUAAUACCUAUGUAUAGAUCAUCGACAGUUGGUCUUACUGGUUCAAACCCAGAUUUGAUUGAGUACCAGGUUGAUUUUGUUCCAUCGGGAUCUUCUUCAAUUUCUCAUUUUAAACAUUUCUUAAAUCAAGCUAAAUAUAGAAUUGGCCAAAAUCUAUCAAUUGUGAUGGUAGAGGACUUACCAAAUAUGUUCCACAACAAUACCAGAUCAGAAAUACGAAAAGCCUUACUACAAUGGCUAUAUGAUUCGGAAUCAAAUUUACCACCUCUUGUAAUUUGUUUCACAGAAUGUGACAUCCCUAGUGAUGAUAACAUUACCCAAAAUUACCAAUAUUCAGUGGAUACAACUUUUACCGCCGAAACUGUUUUUGGGAAAGAUAUUUUACAACAUCCAAAAUUAAAAAGAAUUAAGUUUAAUCCGAUUAAUGCCACAUUAUUGAGGAAAUAUUUAAGUCAGAUUUGCAUAAAAAAUAAACAUUUACUCAUGCAGAAUAACAAGUGGUCAAUUAAAGAUACAUUCAUAAGGGAAUUAUCACUCAAUAGUGGUGAUCUUCGUUCUGCAAUAGCAACAUUGGAGUUUUGGGCUACUUCUCAUUCAUACGUAACCUUAUUUACAAGAAGAGAGUCAUUAUCAUUUUUUCACAUCAUUGGAAAAAUUAUAUAUGGUUCCACUGAAAUUCCUGAUGAUAAUGAAAUGAUCAAUUCUUUAUUUCUUACAGCAAGGGACGUAUUGAUGAGUCAAAAUUUUACACUUGGAUUAUUAGAAAACUAUGGUAAAUUUAAUAGUGCAAAACUCCCAAUCGAGUUAGGCUCCAAAAUUACUGACACCUUAAGUGAAUGUAAUAGUUUUGGAUCUAAUUUAGAAUUAACUGAAUAUUCAGCAAGAAGCAUACGGCAUAGCCUAGUAAACCACACGUUGGAUGCUGAAAAAUUACAUGGUAAAGCAGCGUUUCCAAGGGAAUGGAAAAUUAGAAAGUCUCAAGAUGAGUUUAAAGAGCAGGCUAUUGAUUAUUCAAAUGUUUCGUUGUACAAGUACAAAGUUUCGAAAGAAUAUAACAAUAUUGUACUCUAUGAUGGUUAUUACGGUCCUUAUAUUAGAAAAUUAAGAAAUUACAAAAAGAAGUCAUUAAUUCAUUUUAUUAAUAGCAUAAAAGAUGAAAAAAGGAAAAACUAUAUAUUGGAACUAAAUAAUGAUACAUUCAAAAUUGAGGAUAACAUAGAUUUUUUGAAAAGAAUUGGCGAUGACCUCGGCACAACAGAAACUGUAGAUGAUAUAACUGAGGUUGAAACUGAGGAUGAACGUACAUCAGUGAAAUCUAUUAAUAACAAAAAGUAUCAAAAAGAUUAUAGAUUAGUGAAAUUGAAAGAGUUAUAUGAUGAUGAUGAUGAGCUAAAUGACGAGGCAUAUGAGGAAGAAGAAUUAAUGAAUGACCCAAUCGUUGACUCUGACAUGGGCAAUAGUGACAUGGACGACGACGACGACGAUUCGAUCUAUGAAUUUUUGUCACAACAGAAGUCACAGCAGCCUACACAAGCUACACAAGCUACACAAGCUACACAAGCUACACAAGUAGCACCAAUAACUAAUAUAAAUGAAUCACUUUCUGAUUCAGAUCUUGAAGAUUUGUAA